AUGACAUCCAACUGCUGUGUCACCAAUACCUCACCAAUCUCUGUUAAGGGUUGCUCCCGGCCUUCCUCUGUCUGCUCCAGCAGUGUGAGCUGCAGGCCUGAGUUGUGCCUAGGUUAUGUCUGCCAGCCUAUGGCAUCCUGCAUGCCUUCCAUCUGCGUGCCUACCUACCGGCCAGCCAGCGGCCUCUCCAAGGCCUACCUGUCCAGCUCAUGCCGGCCCAGCAGUUGCCGGCCAGCCAGUUCCAUGGCUACCUGCAGCUUGUUCUGCGAGGGCUCCUUCAAUGGUAACGAGAAGGAGACCAUGCAGUCCCUGAAUGACCGCCUGGCCAGCUACCUGGAGAAAGUGCGCCAGCUGGAGCAGGAGAAUGCCAGCCUGGAGAGCAAGAUCCAAGAGACCUGCCAGUCGCAGGUGCUCACCAUGUGUCCUGACUACCAGUCCUACUUCCAGACCAUUGAGGAACUCCAGCAGAAGGUUCUGUGCACCAAGGCAGAGAAUGCCAGAAUGAUCGUGCACAUUGAUAAUGCCAAACUGGCAGCUGAUGACUUCAGGACCAAGUAUGAAACGGAGCUGGCCCUGCGGCAGCUGGUGGAGGCCGACACCAAUGGUCUGCGUAGGAUCCUGGAUGAUCUGACCCUGAGCAAGGCUGACCUGGAGGCACAGGUGGAGUCUCUGAAGGAGGAGCUGUUGUACCUCAAGAGGAACCAUGAGGAGGAAGUCGGUGUCCUCCGACACCAGCUUGGUGACUGCCUUAACAUUGAGGUGGAUGCUGCGCCCCCUGUGGACCUGACUAGGAUGCUGGAGGAGAUGAGAUGUCAGUAUGAGACCAUGGUGGAGACCAACCACAGGGAUGUAGAGGAAUGGUUUAACAUGCAGAUGGAGGAGCUUAACAAGCAGGUGGCCACAAGCUCUGAGCAGCUUCAGAGCUACCAGUCAGACAUCAUAGAUCUGAGACGAACGGUCAACACGCUGGAGAUUGAGCUGCAGGCCCAGCACAGCCUGAGGGACUCUCUGGAAAACACGCUGACAGACGAGGCCCGCUACACCUCCCAGCUGGGCCAGAUGCAGUGCCUGAUCAGCAACGUGGAGUCCCAGCUGGCUGACAUCCGCUGUGACCUGGAACGGCAGAACCAGGAGUAUAAGGUGCUGUUGGAUGUCAAAGCCCGGCUGGAGUGUGAGAUCAACACAUAUCGGGGCCUGCUGGAGAGCGAGGACAGCAAGCUGCCCUGUAAUCCAUGUUCCACUCCCUCCUGCCCACCUUGUGUGCAGUCUGCAGGUGUGCCGCGCUCUGUCUAUGUGCCUCGCACUGUCUGUGUGCCUUGCUCACCCUGUCCCCCUGGCCGCUACUGA